UAGGUAGGUAUUCUUAGAAACACCUUCAGCCGUUCUAGAAAGAUAUGAACUCAAAAAGCAUAAAUACGCAAGCAUGGCUGGCUGUGAUAGGACGUAAUGCCCGGCGAGACUUUGAUGUGAGACUAGGUAGGGGACGCCCGAUCGAGGCUGGAUUACAUCGAACCACACGCCCUUGUUUGCCGAGCGGCCCUCGCUAUUAUCUUAUUACCACCAUCGAGAGUAGAUACUGUAAGUAGAAGUAUCAGUAAGUGACCUGGUACUACUGUAGGUAGUUUAAAUCAUAUGAUAGCCCUACGAUACUUUUGACUCGGGUAAGUGUGUCUUCGUCACUCCGUCCAGCAAUCACUCCUUAGUUUUGCACCUUGCCGCCACCCGCACACGAGAGCUAAUUCCUUCACAGCGGUUGAUCAUGCAACUGUUUACGCCGGCGGUCCUCUGCGUCGCCCUCGUCGGCUUCGUCGUCUUCCACUUCUACAAGCUGUUCAAGGAGAUAAACCAUCCGGGCAAGAUCCCCGGUCCGACCCUGAUACCGUACAUCGGCCGCAUACAUGAUCUUCCUAUCCAGUUCAUGUGGCUGAAGUUCAAGGAAUGGUCCGAUCAGUACGCCGGCAAAAAUGGAUUCUUCUUCACGGAGAUGCUCGGCGCUAAGUUCCUCGUCGUCUCGGACGAGAAGGUGGCUGAGGAAUUGAUGGUGAAGCGAGCGAAGCACAACUCAGAUAGGCCUAUGGUGAGGUCUUUAUUCGACUCUAAGAGCACUCAUGGAUCGAUGGAGUACCUUCCCUUGAUGGGAAGAAACCAGUACUGGGCACGACAACGUCGAUUUACUCACUCGGCUCUGAUGGAAGCGAGUAAUGCUCACUACUAUGGUGUGAUGUACCACGAAUCGAAGCGCUGGCUUGCCCGGCUUAUUGAGAACCCCGACGACUUUCAAUUUUCCCUGGAGGAUAUGUCUGCCAAGAUAAUGUGCCAGUUGACAUGGGACGACCUCGAUCUCAGCGAGCAGACGAUAACAGAUGCAUGGGGUCUGUUAAGACAGAUGUCUCCAGCCGGUCCUAUUACUAACGUUUUGACGCCUCUUUGGCAUUUACCUAUGUUCAUGAAUCCGUGGAAGAGCGCGGAACGCAUACGCCACGACAGGCAGCAAGAGAUGUGGAUGAACCGGCUGCUAGCCACGCGCGAAAAGAUGGCUCAGGGCAAACAGAGAGAUUGCAUCACUCGCAAGUAUCUGGAAAAGGGCGAGAAACGAUCGAAUAUUUCUGGCGAUUAUGAGGCCUCCUGUGUAAUAGGGAUGAUGGCCUUGGUUGGCAUUUUCACGAUUGCCGGGCCAUUAUCGUACUGGCUAGUAGCCAUGAUACACCAUCCUAAAUGGCAGGCAGCGGUACAGAAAGAAAUCGACGAGGCUUGCGAGGGACGACUACCGACUCUUGACGACACUCCCAAGCUGCCGACCCUUCGAGCUUGUAUCAAGGAAACAAUGCGAUGGAAGCCCAACGUACCGACUGGGGUUGCACACGAGAUGGAAGCCGACGAUGAGUUCCGGGGGUAUUUUCUCGAAAAGGGAACAAGGAUCCUCCCCCUAGACUGGGCAUUCCUUCGUAACCCUCAAAAAUAUCCUGACCCGGACAACUUCCGACCUGAACGUUGGCUAGAGCCUUCGUGGCCGACUUACCAGGAACCGCUAACCACGUAUCCGACCAUCAAGGGCAUGACCUCAUUUGGUUGGGGCCAGCGCCAGUGCUUAGGGAUGACUCUCACGCAAGACGAACUAAUAGUAGCAUGCGGCGCGCUGGCCUGGGCCUUCAACCUCAAGCCCAAGAAGGACCCGGUUACGGGAGAGGAGCUUCCAGUUCCCACGGACAAGUCAAACUCUCUGCUUAUCAUCAAGCCUGAUCCGUUUGAGAUGGCAUUCGAGCCUAGAAGCGAGGAGCGCAAGCAGGAAGCUUUACGUCUAUGGGCUGAGUCAAGUGAGAAAUACGAGAAGGAAAAGGAGGAAUUCCUUAAAGGCGCAUCAUCGGAAGUGAGCAAUGAGAAGAUAGAGCAGGUAUAGAUUGCGUAAUGAAGAAUGAUAUUGCUUGGCCUAUGAAGCAAGGGAUGAUGAUAGACGGUUGAAUUACGGUCAUUGCAUACCAACUAGACUCACGCGAAGGUAGCAUUACUUGAGACGGUGUGAAAUUGUAGUAUUUAACGUGAUAGACAUAAUUAGCUAGCCAUAAAACC